AUAGUAAAUUUUCUUAUAUAUAAAAAUAAAAAUCUUUAAACAAGGGGAGAUUCCAUUUCAUCAUCCUGGCAGUUUCUUGUCAAAACCCAAUUUGGAAUCCUGAGAAAGUGUUGUGUGCUGCUAAUUAAUCUGAAAAUUUGCAGAAAAUGGGAUCAGUGUUUGAUGAAAAAGAUUUCUUAGCAUGCUGUGGGAGCACCAAAUUCGCUAAGGAAAUGGUAGCAGCUGGCCCCUUUUCUACUCAUCAAGAUGCCAUCCAUGCUGCCAGAAACAUCUGGUUCAACAAGGUUGAUGUUAAUGGAUGGCUUGAAGCUUUUGCUGCUCAUCCACAAAUUGGUCAAAACCCUUCUCGGGAUCACAAAAGCCCUACUUUUGCCCAGUGGAGCAAGGGAGAGCAGUCAACAGCUCUGUCCACUGCUACUGAGUUGACGUUACAGGAACUACUCGAGUGGAAUGCUCGCUAUAGGGAGAAGUUUGGCUUUGUCUUCUUGAUAUGUGCUUCAGGGAGAAGUACCCCUGAGAUACUUGCAGAGUUGAAGAUACGAUACCAGAACAGACCAAUAAUUGAGUUUGAGAUUGCAGCCCAGGAGCAAAUGAAAAUAACUGAAUUACGCCUUUCCAAGCUCUUCUCAGACAAAGCAGAUACUGCUCCGGCAAUUAAACCCUUGUCUACAACUAAUAUUGCGACAAAAGCAGAAGAAGAUCGUGUGAACAUUAUUGGAGCACAUUUGACUGCUGCUUCUGGAGCUGCUGGAGCAAAACCUGCUCUUAUUCCAAAUAGAACUCGCCCGCCCAUCACAACCCAUGUUCUGGACACUAGCCGUGGAUGUCCAGCGAAUGGCAUUGAAGUACGACUGGAGAUGUGGAAAGACAACCAAGCAAGACCACAAUUUGGCGACACUUAUAUUGAUGGCUGGAUAUUACUAGGGUCUUCAGCAACGGACAAAGAUGGCCGAAGUGGUCAGUUGAUGAAUAUGGUUGAAGCUUUGGUCCCAGGUAUAUACAGGAUAAGUUUCAACACCGGUAAGUAUAAUCCCGAUGGAUUUUUCCCUUAUGUCUCUUUUGUGUUUGAGAUCAAAGAAUCCCAGAAAUGGGAUCAUUUUCAUGUUCCUCUGCUGCUUUCACCAUUCUCACUCUCGACCUAUCGAGGUAGCUAGAUUGGUCAAGUGGCUGGUGAGAGUUGAAUAUUUUCACAAGGAAUAAUACUGUACUAUUAUUUGGUGGAAUGAAUCACUUACCCUUUGCUUUGUCUUGAAAUGUAUUUCUUCCAUCAGUUUCUAUUUCAA